UCUACUCACGUUUUCGCUCACUCACUGUCACUGUCGAGGUCCGUCGACAGAAAUGCAGACAUGGUGACCACUCCAGGGUGUAUAGUAGUAAAGUUGAUGCUGAUUCUCUCAAUAUGGGUGCACGGUCACGUGACUACAGAGACUUCUCCAAAAGAUCUCCCGACGAUCUACAUCGACACUCUCGGAAUCAACAUUACAGGAAACGCCAAAGAGGAUCAAAAGGCCAUCGAGAAAACACUCAGAGAACUGAAUAUGACCUUGGCGGAACUUUUGGCUUUACUCCCAGACAUCGACAAGUGGACCUCGCUGAACAAUACGCUGAUUUCCUCCACGAAAGCAGACGAGUCCAACGAUGGCGCCGUGGUCGGCUGGGGUGUCAUCAUCCCGGUCUUGUUGAUUGUGAUGUUCCUCGUCACCGUCACGGGCUGUUUACUCUGGCACACAUGGAUUAACCGUAGACAAGCCUCUGAACCCACGGAUCAAACUCCAGAUGCUAGUAAGACUAUCAGCCGGUUCAGGAGAAGCACCAAGAACACAUCGGACUACGUACGCGGAUCCACCAGAUCUACCACUCCUCUUCGAUCGAGCAUCGGAGACAAUGUUCACGUGACUGCGCUUCAGAACCAGGGCUCUGACAAGUUCACAUUUGUGUGGGACAAGGAUAACUGGAGACUGUGCCCGCAAGGCGAUUCUCGAGUUCAAAGGUCGGACUUAAACAACAACAGCACUGCGCUUCGCCAAAAUUUGUCGCCCAUAGAGGAAACAGAAACUUCCAUUGCCAACGUUUCCAGGUCAUACAACCUCAGUGCGCAACCUCCCUACUCGCCUUAUCACUUGACGUACAUCCAUGCACCGCCGCCAUCUUAUGAGGAGUCGGAGGUCAGUUCCACGGGGAAACCUGCUCCAAUGCAUUCCUUACAAACCACAAACACAACACAGAGUGAGGAGUCAUGGAGCGUCUGUGCUAAACACAAAAGGUCCCUUACCAUGAGUUCCCCGUUCUACCCACAUUACAACACUCCAACAACAGAGUGCGAGCUGGAAGAACCGUCGAACAUGAAAUUCAACUCAGCCACAACCACGACUCUAUCACACAACACCAGCUACCCUUCUUCGCCCAUGUCCUCAUCUGCUGGUAGUCUUACUGCAUCCAACAUUGACACUGGCCCUGAAGCCUCGAUGAUGAUUUCGUAUCAAGAACCAACAUGUCCCCCAUCUUCUUUGCAAAGCGAUUUUGCUCCAUCCACCAACCAAACCUCAGAAAGAACCAGUCAGAAUGGAAGUGACCUUAGUGGAGGUGUUCCUAGUCUUCCAAGCAGUAUUUUACAUUACCAUCAACGAAUGGCUGGCGACACUAGUCUGAAACCUUUUGGAAAAACUCCCAACUUCUCUCCUCACGCUUUUCAGGGAAGUGCCGGUAGCAGUCUGAUAUCUGCCGAUACACACUACGAAGACAAUACGUCUUUGUUGCCAAACGUGGGAAGCAGCAAUACAUCUGAAAACCCGACUGGAUCUAUUCUUUUCAGUACAAACCCUUCUCUCCAUCCUUCGCUACCUCUUUCUCACUCCGUGUUGCCAUCAUUGCAAAACUCUAUGGAUCCUUCUAUCCAGUUCGCCACCUCAUUCAAUCCAUCAGUUCAGUACUUUAACACUCUAAAUCCAUCGCUUCGCUAUGCCAACUUUGCGACCAGUCAAAACAUAAGUGCCGAGGAUUUGUCCAAAAUGGUGGAUGACAUGUCUUCCAUUCGCCCUCUCUCUGUUCACGGAGACACGAUGAACCAGGGCUCCAUCGUGCACAGCGUCAUUGGGUACGACGGUAUCGUAGGACAGAGCUACGUGGCGGAUCUUUGCGCACCUCAGUCCGGCAGUGAAGCCGAUAACAACUUCCACCAAAGCAUCACCGAGCUCUUCAAGAGCUGGAGCGUCACCGCCGAACUGGAUUACAGCUCUCUAAGUUCACAAACCCCCUCACAGCGUGCGGAUCCAACAACCGCUUUUGAUAAUACGGAACGCAGCUCUUGUGUUGCUUCACAAAAAGCCACUGAGACGUCAUCUAUAUGGGAGCAAAGAUCGAACGGCCAAAACCAGGGAGGCGACAACAAUCCAGAAGAUUUCAGAAGACCACACGUGCAGUUGGAUCAACUACCUGUUCCUGGCCGGCGAGUGAAAUUUGAUGUUCCUAUUCUCGUGAACAAGACUUACUGGGUCUAAAAUAUAAUACACGGACUUGACUUUCUUCAGAUGCAUGUACAUUUGAUUAGACAUUGAUCACUUUAUCAUCAUUUUGAUUA